UCAGUAUCACUAGCAAAUUGCUGGCGAACAGACUUAUCAAGCUAAAUAAGUAAAAACAACUAAGAAAUGAGUUCACAACAAAAUUUAACUCCACCAGGAAAUUCAACCCCAAAGAAAACGGUUCGCAAGAUCCCCGAGGAGUCCUCAAUAUCCACUGUCCACCCGGUGGCCACAUCUACACCAACUUAUAUGACACGCAACCGCCAAAGGCUUCUAUCGCUCCAGAUGGAUUCUAAUGCAUUCAUUUCGAAAAAUUCGUCAUUGGUGGAUCGAGUUCCACCCACGUUCGAGCAUAUUCGUGGCCGAAAGGGUAUUCACGAUCCUAGUACUCCAAAAACUCCUGUAUUCCCAAGGACUAGAUCCCGGAAUUUACCGAAUACUCCAGUGCGUGCUACCUCAAAUAAAAAUACCCCUAAGCCGAAGACACCGGCUCAAAAGAAGAAAACUCCUGCAAAGACGCCAAAAAAGACUCAAAAAACUACGCAAAAUAUUGCAGCAUUAAAUUCACCGACAAUGAACCCGGAAUCGCCAGCAGUGGAAUCACACAUUGAUUCAACCGAGAUGUCAUUGAAAAUUCUGCCAUCAAAACCUUCGAAAGAGCUAUCAAUUGAAGAACCAGUUAAGUUACCAACGAUAUCAUCAAAGAUGUCAUUAAUGAUUUCGUCGGUGAAGUCUGCACUUAAGCGAAAGGUGUCUUGUGAAGAAAAUUCACCUGAAGAAGUAUCCGAUAAGGAAAAUUCCGCUGCAGAAGAUAGUUCGGAGUCGCCUUUAAAAAAGGCUCGUCUGAAUAUCUUCCAAGUUAAUUUGGGAUCGCCAUUCUCCAUGAUACGCAGCAAGAAACUUAAAUUAAUCUCAGCAGAUGAAAAUCAGGAAUCAUAUGAAGCACCUCCUGUUAAUCUAGGCCAAAUCAACACAAGUAUGAGCAUGGAGUCCACUGAAACCACCAACUGUUCUACAACAAAGAAGGCAAGGAUUAACCAAUUAUGUUUUAUUUCGUAAGG